GGAAUUUGGUGCUCCAGCUUUGAAAAGGUCAUUGAGGUACGAAAUGAAACGAGAGAUGCGCGCGCGAUUCAUCUGAACGUUCGAUUUCAUUCCAGAAACUCCAUUCUUCAUACCAUAUCUCAACAAAAGAAACCCUAAUAAUCACAAAGAACAUUGACAAUGGGGAAUUUGAUGAACAAGGAACCCCCACCACCAAUGGUGCUGGUUCCUCCUCUCUUCGAUUUCCCUCCUCUAGCUGCUCGUACCAGGAUGUUAGAAUCAUCAUACAAUUUGCUAUUUGGGAAGCUUGCUCUGAAAUGUCUUUUUGAUGAUUACUUUGAAGAAGCAAUGCAUUUUAGCACACGAAUAAUGUUGAAGCCACUGGAUGAUCCUCACGUGGAUUUAGUGGCAACAGUUUCAGGCCCGCUUGAUCAUAAACCAGAGGAUGAAGUUGUAGGAAAUGCGUUAUUUCGCUGGCAAAGCAAUGUUGAUGAUCCUCAUACUUUCAUGGACCUGUUCGUAUCAAACUCUGAUCCCAUUUUACAAAUGAGGUCUUGUGCUUACUAUCCCAAAUAUGGAUUUGGAGCAUUUGGUAUUUUCCCAAUGCUAUUGAAGAAGAGGAUAUCAUCUGAAGAUUAUGGUGUCAUGGGAUUGAGAUAUGGCUCAAGAAAUUUAUCCUUUGGAGUCACAUUAAUGCCUUUUGCUGUGAAGGAUGAGUUACCAAAGAAUGCAUGGCUGGUAAGCAAGGUAGGAAGAGUGACUGUUGGAGUGCAGUAUGAGCCACAAUAUGGAGAUAAGGAUGGUGCAAAGUAUAAAAAUUUAAUGAACUGGAGCUGUGCAAUUGGCUAUGGGGUAGGAUCAGGCAGUCCCUUGAGCCCUUCUUUCAAUUUCGGCCUUGAACUUGCCAAAAGCUCUCAGUUCAUUGCCUCCUUUUAUCAACAUGUGGUGGUCCAAAGACGGGUGAAGAACCCCUUGGAAGAAAAUGAAGUAGUAGGAAUUACUAAUUAUAUUGACUUUGGCUUUGAGCUACAAACAAGGGUUGAUGAUGUCAACACAUCAAACAACAUCCCGGAUUCCACAUUUCAAGUAGCUGCUUCCUGGCAAGCCAAUAAAAACUUUCUGCUGAAGGGGAAGAUGGGACCCCUGAGCUCCACAGUAGCGAUGGCAUUCAAGUCAUGGUGGAAACCGUCUUUCACUUUUAGUAUUUCAGCUACUAGAGAUCGUGCCAUUGGGAAGACAUCUUAUGGGUUUGGAAUUCGCAUUGACAAUCUUAGGGAGGCCAGUUACCAAAGAGCUGAUCCAAAUUUCAUCAUGCUAACACCAAACAAAGAGCAUCUAGCGGAGGGACUUGUUUGGAAAAUUGGGAAGAGGCCAAUGCUACAAUCAGACGUAAAUUCUGGCAAUUUUGAUGGCCUGCCAAAGGAAUUGAGACCUCUUGGGAAAAUAUUGUAAAGUAUUUUGCUUUUUUUUUUUUUUUUUAAAUAGGAUCAAAAAACUUACACAACAGUUAUCAUUGAUUCACUGUGCUUGUUAGGUGAAUGGUUUAGUUUCAUAAUAUUUCCACAUCGGCUCUUAUGAAAUUCGAGAGCUUGAUAAAUUUUGUGGAAUUAUAGAUAAGGAAAGGCUUUUGAUCAAGAAACAAGAAACGUUUUUUCAUGAGUUAUUUCUUUUAGUGUAUUUUAGUUUUGUAC